UGGUGCUUUUGUUAUUGGUCAAUUUUGUUGUAACUAGUACUCUUUGUAUGUUGGCCUAUGUUAAUUUAAUAGGCCUACAUUAAAUAUUUUGGUAACAUACACAUUUAGCAGAUGUUAUUGCGGGUGUAGCGAAAUGCUUAUGUUUGUAGCUCCAACAGUGACAUGAGUUGGGGUCAAUGUGAAUUGAAGUCAGUCAAUUCAGGAAGUGAUUUGAAUUUACAAAAUGGAGAGAACUUGACAUAAAUAGCUUAUCCUUGUCCGCUUAUUUAGAAGUAAAUGGAAAUAGAUAAACCUACCUCUUAAAUUAUUGCAUUGGAAUAUAAUUUCUCAAAUUGACCCCAACCCUGAGGCCUAAAUUCAACACUUAAAUGAGAUGAGGAUCACACUGCACAACAUGCAUUAUGGUUCCAUAGGCUCUCCAAUUCACCUUAAUUUACAGUUUUACUCUGUUCAAGUAGACAGUUACCAAUAGUUUGUUUCUUUGUUAGUCAUUCAAAAUGUACAGGCCUAUGGUAUUUGGCACCCUCUGCUGGUGAUUUGCAGGAUGUGCAAUGAUACACGUAAAAGGAGGGCUGUGAUUGCCUACUAUGAUCCAUUUUAUAGAGAAAUUGGCAUAACUUUAAAACUAGCAGAGAUCCAACUCAGGAAAUUGGAUAUGCCUGUUGAGUAUGUUCAAUAUAUUGUAACAUUCCCAUUCAAAAUAUUUAUUUUUAGUCAUGUAAGAAAAUUGUUAAAUCAAAAUACUACUCUUAUUAUAGGGCGGUAAAGCUUGAUUUGACAUGUAGUCAGUGAUAUGUAGCCCAAAAUCAUGUUUAAUGACAUUCCAUCUUUCAAUCAUGCAAGACUUCAUGUAUGCAUAUGGAUCCUGCCAUAGAGCUAACAAUAGGCCCCAAUCACCACACAACCCCCACCCUAAGUGCCACAAGACGCACUUGCUGUGGCUGAGAGAUCUUGGGUGAAGAGGCAAGAAUUGGUUUAAUUUGCAUAACUGUUUAAAAGUUUUUAAAAAAUUGACAGACUAGAAAUAAAGAUGUUCUCUUUUGUAUUGCACGUUCCUUGGUUUAAUAGUUGAGUUUUAUUCCCCCCUUAUUAUUUGUAUUUCACAGCAACACCUACAGUCCACAAUCUUAAUUUAGUUUGAGGAUAUGCAUUUCUAAAAUGUUUAUUGUUACAAAAACUCUUUCCUUAGUGUGUCCUGGUGGUUGGUAUUUCUAAUCUUCGUGCCUUAGUGGAUAAUAUUGUGCCCAUGUCAAACCGAGCUGGUAGCACAGGUCAUGCUGACCAGACUUGGCUUCAUGUCCUCUCUCCUGGAGCCAGAGCUCCACAUCUGGAGGCAGAGGUUUAUGGGAUUGUGUUACCACACGGCCUUGUCCCUGCCAUUGUCCAUUCAUCGAUCAGGCAGGGAAAAGGUUUAAAGAAGUCCUCCAUGAUGCUCUGUUCAAGUGGACUUGAGUAAAUCCUUAAUUACCGUUACUAGUAGCAUAAAGGAAUGACGUAAGUGAAAAUCACAAUUUCCACGACCAUGUUUUGCAAAGGACUAAAACCCUGGAAUGUCACAUGUAAUUAUUUGCAGGCCUUUGUACAUUACUUCCCACGUCGCAUUGACGUCGUAAAGGAUCCAAAGUACCAGUAGCAGCUGGCAUUGGAGUAUGAAGACCAAGCCUGGGAGCUAGGUGUGACUUGUGCCUUCCCUCUGGUCCCACAAUAAAGUACACCUGAGUGAUGAUUAUGGGAUUGCAAUUUUGGCCACGCUGAUCAGACACUUCGUUUGAGGGACUGUGGUGCAUGGCUGCUGCUAGGCCUACUUCUGCUGGGAUUUAAAGUGAUGGGAGUGGAGGCAAGAUUGGCCAGAUCUCCAAGACAACUACUUCUAGUACACCCCCAGCAGGACCCCCUCUUGCAGCACCACCUGCUCCUCCAAUGGCUGGCCUUGUGAUCCACAGUCAUGGGGGAAGAGGCAAGGUUGGACACCCAGCGGCUGUCGUUCCAUCAGUUCAGCCGCGUGGAGGCAAAUAAGUACUUUCAGCCGACUCGCAGGGGUAAAGUGAACAGUGCGGUUAUCUGCAGCCCCAGGAUCACCCUUGAUGAGCCAGUGAGUGUGGUGUUCAAGGUGUACUGUCUGUCAGUGAUGACAAUGGUGGCAGCAACUUACACUGUGGUAUUACGAUACACAAGGACCAUAUCAUCAACAGCUAUGUACUUCUCUACAACAGCAGUAUGCGUCACAGAGGUUAUUAAAUUGUUCUUGAGCCUUGGGAUGUUGACCAAAGAAGCUGGCAGCUUUGGCAGGUUAAAAGCAUCCAUAGUUGAACAUGUGUUUCAGUGUCCAAAAGAGCUGCUGAAACUGAGUGUUCCCUCUGUGGUCUAUGCGAUUCAGAAUAACAUGGCCUUCAUAGCCCUGAGCAAUCUUGAUGCAGCUGUGUAUCAGGUGACCUAUCAGUUGAAGAUCCCGUGCACAGCCCUAUGCAUGGUCCUAAUGCUGAACCGCUCUCUCAGCAGGCUGCAGUGGUUGUCUGUCUGCAUGCUGUGUGGGGGUGUUGCUUUGGUCCAGUGGAAACCUGCAGAGGCCACUAAAGUCCAGGUUGAGCAGAACCCUUUUUGGGGGUUCAUGGCCAUUGCUAUCGCUGUAUUCUGCUCCGGAUUUGCAGGUGUGUACUUUGAGAAGGUCCUGAAGAGCUCAGACACAUCCCUAUGGGUGCGGAACAUCCAGAUGUACCUGUCUGGCAUCGUGGUCACCCUCGCUGUUGUUUACAUGACUGAGGGUACUCAGGUUAUACAGAAAGGCUUCUUCUAUGGUUACACGCCUUGGGUGUGCUUUGCAGUUUUUCUGGCCAGUGUGGGUGGUUUGUACACAUCAGUGGUGGUGAAGUACACAGACAAUAUCAUGAAAGGCUUCUCUGCUGCAGCCGCCAUCGUUCUCUCUACUGUGGCAUCUGUCGCUCUGUUUGGGCUACAGAUAACUGUUAACUUUGCCAGUGGAGCAAUGCUAGUGUGUAUCUCCAUAUACCUGUAUGGACUCCCAAAACAAGACACCACCAAGCUUCCAAGAGCAGACAAGGAUGCCAAGCAGAAACUGAUCACUGUUUGAGGCCUGGAAGAACUUAAACGUUUAUGGCCUUUCCUGACCACUGAGCUGGACCUGCCCGAGGCCCUCUGUUGCGUAUAGAAUAAGAGCGUCGGCAAGGAACUUUAAUUUAUUAAUGCUGGAGCAUAAAUUAAGGGAAGGGAUUUUAAAAUACACUUCAAUAUUCUGUGGCGAUUGUGGAGCUGAGGCAUAGAAAUGACCUGUUUUUGUUGACUGUGUUACUGCUGUUAGUCACGGACCUUUGUCAGUCAUUCCACUUGUCACAGUACUAAAUGUAUAUACAGCUGACAAUCAUGUUAUUGUUGUAGCUGUCAUUAUCUAUAAUACAAUCUUGGGUCAUCUGUUUUGAACAUUCAAAAUACAUUUGUUGACCCUCAAAGUUAAUGGCAAUAAAUCUGAACUGUUAUGCAUU